AUGGCCGCCACCGGGCCGUCGCGGGCGCUGACCCCCGCGGCGUUGACGAACGCGGUGAUGCAGGUUCUGCCCGAGACGGACCCGGCGAACACGUCCAUCGGCGAGUGCAUCAGGAGGCGCGCUCGGCUGGGCCGCGUCUCCGCGCCGCGCGGGUUGGCGCCCCAUCUCGGGAUGCCCGAGACUGGCUAUGACGGCAUUGCCGACGACGUGUCCACGGCGGUUCAGGCCGCGCUGGCGCAGCAGGAAUCCCCCGCGCAGCGCAUGAGCCGUCUCGCGGCGGACCUGGGGAACCCCGCCACCGAUGCCAAGCGGCCCGUCCGCGUGGUGACGGUAUGCCGCGUUCUCCCAGACGCGGUCGACCAGACCGACCUGGCAGACGUCGAGUCGAUGAGUAGCGAGGACGUCGGGCGAGCACAAUUGGGCGCCUCGAACGGGAACGGGGGCGGCGUCGUGAAGAAGAUGGCGGUGUUCAAG